AUGUCAUUCAUUUUUGGGCGUCGCCGGGCUCAAUCAGACGUGGCUGCCGGCCACUCUGAUGCUGGCUCAAGGAAAUCAAGCCGAGAGCACCAUCAACCGUCGAGCGCUCUUGGGACUGAGGCGACCGACUCCGGAAUCUUUCAUGGCUUGUUUCGCAAACGCAGCGACAGCGACUUGUGUUUGAGUUCGUCUGAGCAUGCCAAGCAAGUGACGCGACAAAACCUACCCCGGCUUAAUAUCAAGGACCUCCCGACCCGGGAAAGAGGACGUGAGGCCUGCCAGCAUGGCCCUAGAGAUUCUACUCCCAACACUCCAAGGAGCCCAGAGCCACUACCUGCAGCAGCGCACAGCGAACCGAAGCAACCGGGAAACCUCCAAGACUACCUGGAAUAUCGGCUCGACACAUCAGGUCUGCCUCAUGAUAGCACUGAGAGCGAGGCGUCUUCAGCGCGUGGAUCUGUCUUAACGACCAAGGAUGUGAAAGCCCUUUUCUCGGGUGCGCCUCACUUCAUGCUGGAACGAGGCAAGCAUGGCCGCUGGUAUCCGCAAGUGAUCUUCCCGUGGGAUGAGCACAAUCCUUCCAUCCAAAACCGGCUGGAUCGUAAGCUAUUGUCCCAUGCGUCGUUCACUCUCUGUACUUUGCAUGCCCACCUUCCCGUCCCCGACGACUGGGCUGUGAUGGGGGGAGUGCCUAUCCCCCUGCAAGAUUGGCGCCGAACCGGGGCUUUCAAACGAGCUACAUUUGAUGUUGGUGUUUUUGAAGUUCCCAACAUGCUGGGCAACAACGGAAAAGAGCCAGGGACCAUCGGAUUUCGAAACUUCCUUGAGCUCUCGAUCGCGGAUCUUCUGAAAUACACUGGGCCUGAAGAGCCUAAGCACUCCCCUAAUAUGCAACGGGUCCAAUCCCUUUCCGCCACUGAGGCUUUCGAGUUGAUGGAUCAGUAUAACAAGCCAUACUCCCAGUGCCUUAGUGGUGCGGUGUACGACCGACACAAGCUCAUCCGGGACGGCCCCGCGGGAUGGAAGCGCAUCGGCGUACGCGAUAUCAACCUUCGAUAUCUCGUGCAACGCCUCGACCAGCUACGGCAGUUGCGCCUCGACAUACUACGACAAGGGUCCACAAUCACGAUCCUGGACAUUGAGACGCCACCGGAACUGCACAGCAUCCUACACACACACUUUCUUUAUCCUCACCCACCUUCCGCAGUCGUCCAGUCGGGCCACCCGCAAAGUCUGAAAUCCCAGAUCAAAACCCUCGCCACCGUGCUGGCAACCCCAGGGGCCUGGCUCGAUUUCAGUCUGCCCGAGUGGCGAUUCCGGGCCGGUCAGAUCCUGUGGGAGGUCCCCCCGCAUGGGGAUGGCGAUUGCCUUGAGUUGCACGAUUGCGCAUCCGGUACCGCCAAGCAACCUUGGGUUAACUCUGGCAUGGAGCGAAAGUGGCUGUUCGUCCAAGUGGUUCUGGCAGCGGAGCUACUAUUCCGGCUCGAUGCGUUCGUACGCGUGGGCAUGCUGCACGAUCCCCAUGGCGGCCAGAUCACGGUGCACGAGCUUCAACAUUUUGAACAGCUUCGAGAGGGAAAAGUGAAUUGGGAUUUGAUCUUUGUGCGCCGUUUUCUUAACAGUCUGGAGGUCACUUGCGAUGCGACUACGCCCACCCCUUCGUCAGUGGGUGGAUUAUCCCCAGCAUCAGCAUCAGCAUCAGCCGACCGAUCUCCAACACCACCCACCAAACCUCAUCGCUUUUCUCUGUUCGAUUCUCUCAGUCGCCGAAUUUCCUCCACGCAGGGUGAUGAUGUGCGGUCGGCCUGGCAGUGCCAGGUCAGCUCCCCGUAUGUGCGACAGCAGCUGGAGGGCUUGUACAUCUUCGCGGAGAAUAUUGGAUGGCCCAAAGUCGACGCCCUCCGAUCUCAUUUCCAGACGCUGUCGAAUAGUGGCCAGAGCCUGUUUACUCCGAAUGCUAAUAUAAGUGACCCAUGCUCUUCUGGCUGGAAGACGGUGGUGGCGAAGGAUCAGAUGUACAGCCGCAGCCGCAGCCGUCGCUGUGUCCAGCUGCGCAGUUCGUGUCGCGAAGACCACGACCCGCAUGCCUCGGAAGUCUUAGGCUGGAUCUCUCGAAGCUGGCUCUCCGGCUUUGUGAUUCCUGGUGAGCCAAUCUGUCAUCUCCUCAUCGGGACGCUCUUGGAAAACGAUCCCGAUGUGAUUGAACGACUCGGGCCCACGGCCAAUCUCUACGGCGGCUUUGUCUACGAAGGACGCAGUUACUGGAGCAAAGCGAGCAUUGUGGGACGUGUUCUAUCUAGCCUCGACGGGGCCAAAACCUGCAUGGGGUGGGUCGGUAGCGACGUGCUUCCCCGCGAUGAGACAACACUGGAGCCAUUGAACCCAGGCUGGUUCGAGGUACUCAUGCAGAAGGCGAUCCGCGGCUCCGGCAAAUCGCGCAUCAAACAGGGAGGCAAGCUGGCUUUGGAGUCGUCGCCGCUGGGCAUGGGCGAUAUUACCGCGGAAGCCUUUACCCUGCCGGUUGACCAGCCGACGUCUGAGUCUACGAAGGUGAACCUGGUCCACUUGACCUUGUUAGUUCGUUCGCCGUGCAAGCGAGGCAUCACGGCCUGUGACCAGGCUUCACUGUCCUUCUCCCUGCAGAGCGACACUAUGCCCUCCGCAACCACCGCCUCGUUCCCGUUGAAAUAUAACGUGCGCUUCAUCUCUGCCCAUGAAUGCUGCCGGCCGCUGGGGGUUACUGCUCACCACGAGGACGUUCCUCGGCCGCAUGACAGGCAGCAGCAGCAGCAGCAGCAGUCAGCACCUGACCAGGGCAAGUACCGGCGUCUCCCAGGCCAUCCGUUGCAUCGGUCGUUCCCAUACCAGCAUGUCUCUCUCGACUCCCUCUCGCAGCGCCCCGCGCCCCAGCUGAGCUCCGCACCCGCCGGCCAUCCCGAAGUGCUGGUUAUCGACGCGCGCGGGUGUCGCGCUAAGGAGACCUUCGUGCGGGCAUGGUGCGCCUCAGUUGGCUGUCAUGCUGUGAUCGGGCGAGCGGGGAGGACGUGUGUCGCGUGUUGUGUGCGGGAGGCGAGGGCGCUCGAGGUUCCGGUCGUGGUGCGCGUGGGCGAGCCGAUUGAACUGGGCAAAGCCCGGAGGAGUGAAGAGUGA